GAUUUUGAUGUGUUUAGGGCGUGCUACCCGACCAUCAAGAAAUAGCUGUGAAGAGGUUGUCUCUGACUUCAAGACAAGGACUUCAAGAAUGAAGUACGACUAGUCUCCAAACUCCAACACAAAAAUCUAGCAAGACUGUUUGGCUGUUGUAUUCAUGGAGAUGAGAAGAUGUUGGUCUAUGAGUACUUACCAAACCGAAGUCUCGACUUCUUCAUCUUUGAUAAAACAAAAGGGUUGCAAUUGGACUGGAUGAGACGAUUUGAAAUCAUCAUUGGCAUUGCUCGAGGUCUUUUAUAUCUACACCAAGAUUCAAGGCUGAAAAUCAUUCAUAGGGAUCUAAAAGCAAGCAAUGUUCUACUAGACGCUGCAAUAAACCCUAAAAUUUCAGAUUUUGGGUUGGCCAAGUUAUUCGGAGAGGAUCAAACAGAGGGCAAUACAUACAGAGUCGUCGGAACCUACGGAUACAUGUCACCAGAGUAUGCAAUGGAAUGUCUUUAUUCAACGAAAUCAUAUGCUUUCAGCUUUGGGGUUUUGUCACUCGAGAUCAUGAGUGGCAAGAGGAGCAACCAAUGUCUCCAAAAAAGUCCAUCAAUAAGCUUGAUUGCUCAUGUGUGGGAGUUGUGGAAAGAAGGAAGAGCAUUGGACAUAGUGGAUUCAUCAACAAUGGGAGGACUAGACAGUGGGGAUGAAGUUAUGAUGAGGUGCAUUCAAAUCGGUCUUUUAUGCGUCCAAGAAUCUCCCGAUGAUCGACCUACCAUGUCAAAUGUCAUCUUCAUGUUGGAGAAUGCAACCACCCUUCCAUCUCCCAAGAAGCCGGCAUUCAUACUCCAGGGAAAAUAUUAUGAUAUGGACACCAUCACCACCGGAUCAUCAACGACCCCUUCAACAAAUCACGUGACACUAUCUACUGGUGUCUUAUUCGAUGGUCAAGAAAUAGCAGUGAAAAGAUUAUCUCAGACUUCAAGACAAGGAAUCGAGGAAUUCAAGAACGAAGUACGCCUAGUCUCCAAACUCCAACACAAAAAUCUAGCAAGACUAUUUGGUUGUUGUAUUCAUGGGGAUGAGAAGAUGUUGGUCUAUGAGUACCUACAAAAUAGAAGUCUCGACUUUUUCAUCUUCGAUAAAACUCAAGGAUUACAAUUGGACUGGCCGAGACGAUUUGAAAUCAUCAUUGGCAUUGCUCGAGGUCUAUUAUAUCUACACCAAGAUUCAAGGAUGAAAAUUAUUCACAGGGAUCUAAAAGCAAGCAAUGUUCUACUAGACGCUGCAAUGAACCCAAAAAUUUCAGAUUUUGGGUUGGCUAGGUUAUUCGGAGAGGAUCAAACAGAGGCGAAUACAAAUAGAGUAGUUGGAACCUACGGGUACAUGUCACCAGAGUAUGCAAUGGGAGGUCUUUAUUCAACAAAAUCGGAUGCUUUCAGCUUUGGAGUCCUGACACUCGAGAUCUUGAGUGGCAGGAGGAGCAACCAGUGUCACCAAGAAAGUCCUUCAAUUAGCUUGAUUGCUCAUGUGUGGGAGUUGUGGAAAGAAGGAAGAGCAAUGGAUAUAGUGGAUUCAUCAACAUUGGGAGGAUCAGACUCUACAGAUCAAGUCAUGACGAGGUGCAUCCAAAUAGGGCUUUUAUGCGUUCAAGAAUCUCCCGUAGAUCGACCGACCAUGUCAGAUGUCGUCUUUAUGUUGGGCAAUGCAACCACCCUGCCAUCUCCCAAGAAGCCAGCAUUCAUACUCCAAGGAAAGUACGAUGAUAUGGACACCAUCACCACUGGAUCAUCAGCAAUCCCUUCAACAAACCGUGUGACACUAUCCACUUUGGUACCUCGGUGACACAUAUGAUGCUCCUGAAUCAAUCGAUGUAUCGGAGAAACAAAUUUGAUCACACUAGUUUCUAAAGUUUAGGUGUACUUCAUAUCUUUAAUUGUCC